UCUCAUCUUCGGUAUCUCAGAACCGAAUUCGCGAGACUAAGAAGCAGUCAUGAAGCAAUUUACCAUUCUGAUCGCUAUCGUUGCCGCCUUGGCAGUAUUGCAGGGUACUCAGGCCAAGACCUUCACCGAGUGCGAAUUGGCUAGGCUGCUUCGUAGCCAGUUUGGUUUUGAUAAGUCCAAAGUGAACAACUUCGUCUGUCUGGCGAAGGCCGAGAGUUCCCUAUCGACGACCGCCACCCAUAAGAACUCGAACGGAUCCACCGAUUACGGGUUGUUUCAGAUCAACAACAAAUACUGGUGCAGCACCCCCGGUUACAAGUCGGCCGGAAAUGAUUGCAACAUCCAAUGCUCUGAUUUACUAUCGGACGACAUUACUAAAGCAGUAAAAUGCGCCAACUUAAUCUACCGCCGACAGGGAUACUCGGCCUGGUACGGAUGGAAGGCGAAAUGUCAGAGUGGUGUGAAGGAUCUUUCAUCUUGUUAAGUCCGGGUGGCAGGAAUUAGUAGCAUACAUUCAGGCAAUUUUUAUUAUUCAAGCACAGAUCUGAGAACAUAUCGGAUUUUAAUAUUAUAACCAAAACCACCUGCCCAGAAUUUUAACAAAUUGCAUUCGGAACAGAUUGAUUGGCAAUAAAUAAAAUGUUGCUACUCUUAAAA